AUGGCCAGCACACUCAGACAAAAAAUCCGAAGAGUCGAAGCGCGCCUCCUGAAAGUCCACGACGAAAUAAUCGCCAAGGAGGUUAGGCGUGAUCUCCUAGCUCGUCAGGCUAGAUCCUAUAGAAAGGGUACAAGGGAGUAUCAAAAUAUCGCGAGAGAACACGAUAAAUUGAAUAUUGCGAUCCUUGAUCUAAAUAAAGAUCGUGAUAACUUACAGGAUGAAUUGGAUUCUCUGAACCGUACGAAACCUCACCAUUAUGAUAGGUAUGAGGGUCAUCGGCACCAGGAUGAGCACAUGCAGUAUUAUGAUGACGCUUCUGAUAACCAGGAGUGGUUGGGGUACGGGGGGGAUUAG